AUGGUUAAACUAUUGUUACAUGCCGGCCUUCACACCAUGAAUUUUUGUCACUGGAAAACAGAACUUUCGUCAUGUAACGAAAAUUCACUGUUACCUAAUGACGAAAGUUAUGAUAUAUUAUUGGCUAAUCUUAUUGUGCUAAGAAUCAGUUUUGAUCAAAUUGAAACAUGGCUUACGGCUAUAGCAGAGAAAUUGAGGGACUGGGAAGAAGAAUAUGAAGGGGUAAUUCAUCGUAUUCAAACUCUGGAUCAUGCGCCAGAUGCUGCUGAUCUCGAGCGUUUUUUGGCACCAUCAAUUGGAUUAGCCGAAAAUAUUCGGCAAGAAUUUGUGUGUGCAAUCCACCAAGGUUUGAUUAGUGGUCCCAUAACAUUGCCUGCACCUUGUCACCAUAGAUUUUGUGCUGAAUGUCUUGAAACGUGGAUUAAAACGAGCGGCUCAGCUAGCGUAAAGUGUCCGACAUGCAAUGCCGAACAUGCUGUGCCUCCUAAUUGGCAGCAAAUGUGGAAUGAUCGUUCUCUCGACGCUAUUCUUAAACUACUAAGCUCAACCGAAACAGAAAUGAAUCAGAAAAUAGCAGAAUUUGUGCAAAACUCUUUCAGAAAAUAUAAUACUUCUGUACAACAGAAAUUAAAAAUAAACUCAGUUGAACAAGUGUUUAAUCUGAAGUUAAAAGAUCAAUUUGAUGCCUGCAAACGGCAAUUGCGUGGUGGUAACUCACCAGUUGUCACGCUUUUACACGGCACUGAUCGUAAAUCGGCACUAGGUAUAACAGCCACUGGCUUUCGGCUGCCGACCUCGAAACAUAGGACACAAGAGGAUGGGAAAGAAGGACAAUUCAAAUUUGGCCUUGGUAUUUAUUUUGCACAUGGUAAAAAGGCAACGGAAUACGGAAAUAAUGUGUUGAUAUUAACAGACUGUGUGUUAGGUCGAGUACGAGAAAUGAAAGCGUCGGACACUGAUCUUACUGUACAAAAAAUGCAUCAAUCUGGUUAUGACACUGUGUAUUUUAAAAAUGAUGAAAGCGGCUUAGUUAAUCAAGAAUGGACUGUGUACCGUAGCGAGCAAUGUCUGCCGCUUUGUAUCAUUGAUUAUGAUAUUAUCGAUGAAAGUGACACAAAUGAAAAGAGGAUUAUUGAUAGCAUUCUACAAAUGGACGUUUGUGAGCCAAAUCAUGCGCUUUUAAAACAAGCCGUUCGUGGAACAGACAAUCAGUGUAAAGCCGCUCUACAAUACAUCGGUGAUGUUGCCCAUAUUUUACAACCGUUCGCAAUUAUCAUGCUACGACAGUUAUUGACCAGUAUUGGGCACACGAAAGUUCAUGAGUUGUUAAAACAUCAAAAUGAUACUAUUCGUAUUUUAUUUUUACGAGCACUUUGGGUUACGGGUCGUCAUGAUGAGUCAUCUCAAAAAUUUUUUCACAGCGUAAUAGAUAUUAAUAUAUUAAUUGAAUCGUUGAAUUCGACAUACGUUGAUAUUGCAUGGCGUGCGUGUGGUGUUAUUGCGAAUUUGGCAUCAUGUGUCGUUGAUAUUCGUCGACUUUUAACGUUCGAUUCAGUCAUCAAUCAACUAUUGGGACUUUUGAAGCGUGGCAUGCAAAAUACAGACAAAUUGUGUAUCAUAACCGUCCUUAAUCUAUUCGCUAAUAUAACCUGCUCAGAAUACAAAAGUAUGAAAGAAAAACAACAGUUAUUGAUUUCUAUUGAUCCACUGACCGAUCACCACGAUGAAAUGAUUCAAGAAGCAGCUAACCGGUUCUUCUGUAAUAUUAUUGGCAAGGGUACUGUUACUCCUGACUGGACAAAGGCGGGGUACAAAGACACGAUGAUGGCACCUGACCUUGAGUAA